CCUUCGUCUCCCCCCCUCUAUCUCUCUCGUAAUCCAUUUCCCCCAUCGACCUCGGGGCUUCUCUUCCGACGAAUUCGUUCCAUCCAUGGCUCUCUUCCAGCAGCUCCCUUCCACUCUCCACCCCGGCGUUCCACAUCUCGCACCUUCAUCUCUCCCCCUCUGGUUCAGUGCUCCGGGGAAGGCAAGGAAUGGCUGCUUUCCGCGAGCCGCCGCUGCCGCAGGCGCGUCGGGUGAAUCUGAGACCACUCCGUGCCGACGUAUUCUUCUGCCACUUCCUCUCUCCGAGACCCUUAGGAGGCACUCGGUGCUGGUCGUCCACCUUGCCGCUUCCGCUGCCUGCCUCAUCGGCUUCUGUGCUCGCCCAUGUGCACUUGCUUCGGUCAUAUUGUCUCCUCCUACUGCCCUCGCCGCGCCUGUGCAUGAAAUGGGGAACCCUGACACGGUCGUAGAAAAUACAACUGAUGAUGAGGAGUUGUUGGCAGCAUUGGAGGCUUGGAAAUCGAAGACAUAUGCUUUGACUGUACCCUUAAAAAUCGUGUCUCUCCGAGGAUCCCUACCGCCUUCAUGGAUUAAGGAUUUCAUUCAAGCCCAAGGAAGGAGAUUGAAACUGAGUAUUGAGUACCGUGGAGGUUUUGAAUCAAUCUUUUCUGAUUUGGCAGAAGUUUCAGAUAAAGGUCAUUUACAGCCAAAGUCGGCUAUGGCAGCUGACAUCAUUGCCAUUGGUGACUCUUGGCUGAAUUUUGCCAUCGCCAAGGAUUUAAUUGUGCCCAUUAAACACAUAGAAGAGCAAGAUUGGUUUAAAACUUUAAGUGACAAGUGGAAGGUUCAUUUAUGCAGGAAUGAUAAAGGGGAGUUGGAUCCUAAUGGUUGUAUAUGGGGAGCACCAUAUCGUUGGGGAACUAUGGUUAUAGCAUACAAGAAAAACAAAUUUAGAAAGCACAAUUUAAAGCCAAUUGAGGAUUGGAGUGAUUUAUGGAGAGAUGAGCUUGCUGGGAAGAUUUCAAUGGUAGAUUCUUCUAGGGAGGUCAUUGGUGCAGUAUUGAAAUAUAUGGGGGCUUCAUACAACACCAAAGACAUUGAAAAACAAGCUUCUGGAGGGAGGAAAGAAGUGCUUCGUUGCUUAAGAGUGCUUCAGAGGCAGGUUCGGGUGUUUGACAGUGUUAACUACCUGAAGGCCUUUAGUGUUGGAGAUGUCUGGGUUGCCGUUGGAUGGAGCAGUGAUGUUAUUCCUGUUGCGAAGCGAAUGUCCAACGUUGCGGUGAUUGUUCCAAAGUCGGGUAGUAGUAUGUGGGCAGAUCUGUGGGUUAUACCUUCGGCUACAAGAUUCAAAACCGACCAAAUUGGCGGAAGAGUCAGAGGCCCAUCCCCACUCAUCCAUCAGUGGAUAGAGUUCUGCUUGCAGAUUGCUAGAGCACUGCCAUUUCAUCAGGAAGUCAUUCCAGGAGCUUCUCCCUUCGCCAUUGAACAUUUUCCAGGACCUCGAGAAUCCAUAAAAGGGAGGCCUAAACUUGACACAAAUCUUGUCGAUGGAGCACCAACACCUGAAAUACUAGCCAAAUGCGAGUUUUUAGAACCAUUAUCUGAGAAGGCAAGAGAAGAUUUUGAAUGGUUGAUUUCAAGCAUGGAUAAACCAGGUCGCAGUUGGGUUACUACCAUGCAAAAUUUCAGCUCUGCCUUACAAUUCCUGGAGAAGGUAAAGAAGAAAAAAGUUUCCAGGGAAAAGGGAAAUUGAAUAAAUGAUAGCAAAGGGGACAUAUUCUCUACUUUGUUGCUAAGUAAAUGAUUUUUUUUUUCUAUGUUUUUAUUCUACUAAGAAUUGGUGCUAAAAAAACUUGGAGGUCAGCAGUAAUAAAAAAAAUUGAAAUAGGUUGUUCCAUUUUAUUUAA